GGCCUGGGCCGGAAGCGCGUGCGGAAGAGGCCGCGGGACCUCCCGGGAACCCCCAGGACCCUCCCGGGCCCCCCCGGGCGCCAUGGCGGGGCAGGCGCAGGUUCCAGUGACCUUUGAGGACGUGAUGGUGUACCUGAGCCGGGCUGAGUGGGACUCACUCCAGGCGGGACAGCGCGAGCUGUACCGGGACGUCGUGUUGGACACCUAUGAGCUCCUGACAUCCCUGGGUCAUCCAGGCCCCAAACCCGAUAUCCUGUACCGGCUGGAGCGCGGGGAAGAGCCCUGGAUCUGCCCAUCCUCAGGACACACCGGGAGCUGGCAGGAGGAGCCGCUCUCCAGCUGGUGGCCUGGAUCCAGUGAGAGUCCCAGGCUGGAGGAGAGUCCAAAUCCCCCAAGUCCAGGCCAGAGCGCUCCAGAGUGUCUCCAGGCUCAGAGGCUCCUGAAGAAGUCGGGCUGUGUGGAGGGAAGGAGCGAAUUCCCAUUGGAAGAGGCCGGCGGAGUGGGAAACCAAGCCCAGACGUGUCCUGUGAAGGAAGGAGUAGACGUUAAAUGGGGAGUCAUGGAAAACCUACCCCAGAGCGGGACAGUCCCACCUCAUUGCAUGGGGGAACAGCAGAACGCGGAUCCUCAGGAGCAGCUGCAGGGGGACCCCAGGGAGAAGAGUCCCGGGAGCACCCAAAGCCAUGGAUACACCUCGGGAGAGUCGCUGCUCCUCCAGGAGCUGCAGAAGCUGGGAGCGGAGGAGCUGAGGGAGGCUGUGAUGAAGGAUCACAGCUACUGCCUGCAGAGCACGCUGCAAACGCCCAGCUGUGCUCCGGGGCCCUGCUCCACGGGGGAACACGACUAUUCCCCGAAGCCCUGGGCAGAUCCCAGAUUCUGCUACGCCUGGAACCACAGGGCUGCAGCUGCCCAGGCUGUGCUGGGCCGGGCGCUGAUGCAGCAAUCCCAUGUGGGUGGGAUCCUCCGGAAAGAUAAGGACAUCCUGCCGCGGUACCGGCCCUACUGGAGGGCAGCGUUUCCCGGGAGCUGCGGCUCCCGAUGCUGCGCUCCCGUGGAGGGGACGUGUGGAGGGGAUUGUAUUCCCGAGGAUCGGGAUGGGCCGUGCGCCCUCCGGAGCGACAGGAACGCCGGAGGGGGGACAUUGGACACGCAGGGGAUUUUGGAAGUGGGGGGUUCACCCCAAAUGUCGGCCGCCAGAGUGAGGCCUGUGGAGGGUCAGAGGACCUGGCAGCUCCAGGGUCCUGGAGCUGAGCAGAACGUUAAGGGAUGUGUGGCAUCCAGGAAAGCCAAGGUGUCGUCGCUCCAAGGCCUGUUCCGGGCAGUGCACCAGGCGGUCGGACAGAUGUUGGACUCUGUGUGCCAGAGGCUGGAGCUCCAGGGGUUCUCCCAAGGGAAUAGCAUCUGGCCCAUCACCAUCGAGAUCAACAGUGUGGAGGAGAUUGGGCAGCUGUGA